AUGGGAGAAGAACGCUAUUACGAUGCGCCUGGUCAUCUAAAACACUUGGACACCCAGGGCGGUGUUGUGCCAGGUUUAUCGGAUGCUAGAGAACUAAAUGGUAAUGAUCAGGGUGAAGAAAUUGAACCGGAGAAUGAACAAGAACACGACGAUGGCUUUGCCAUCGAAAAUGACUCCAAUGAUGUGGAAGCACGUAUGAAAAAUCUUAAGUUCCAAGGCGUACCCAAUUCCACCAUCAAAAACUCACCAGAAGGUCCAGAAACCGAGGGAAUGAAUGACCAAGCUAAAUGGUUGAGAAAGAUGAACCCACAAGAAUGGAGCAGAGAAGUGGGUCAAGCUUUUCGUCGGUUUUCCAAGCUUGCAAGUAGACGUGUGCCACGGCCGGAAAAUGGGAAAAGUGCUAGACCUUCGCUUUCGCAACACCAAAGUCCAGAAGAUGUGUACACGCAAAGCUUGGCAUCCGAUCUUAUAGACACACUUGUUGCCGGCUGUCCUGCUGCUCUAUUUGCCAGCUGUCUCUUUCUCCGCGAUGAACACGGAGUGAGAAGAGCUCCUAUGCUCCUGGCUAUGUUGGGAGUGAAAGUAAAACCGUCAACACCACUUGACGAUUCUUGCGUCAAUGGCCAUGAACGUAGUCGGCUAGAAGGUGCUAAUCAGGAGUCUCAGAGCAACGCUGUCAAGUUCAGAUUAGAACUCGAUUAUGGUGUCGGAUACAAUCGAAUGAAAUGGUCAGUCGUCAAGUCGUAUAAAGACCUGGUCUCACUGCACGCCAAGUUGAAGCUCAUGUCAUUCCAACAAAGCGCAAUCAAUAAGCUUCACAUUGAUAAUCAUAAGUUUCAACCUAUGCACCUCCCUCACUUUCCUCGCUUUGACGAUCCUGCGAAAGGAGAGCGAAGUUCGUUGUCUAGUAACUCAAGUCGUCACAGCACUAACAUUGGUUCCAAUUUAGAUCAUGCCGAUGGCAUAGGUGGAGCACAUGAGCUUCAUGGCAGCGGAUCACUGCAUACAGGGCGUACCAAUGAGUUCGAAAUAAAGAGAUUCCGCAUGAGACACUUACAAGAUCUCCUUGCUGAGCAGGACGAUACCUCACAUGCCAUGCAUAUAAGGCUGGAACGUUAUUUGAAGCUAUUGAAUUUAGCGCUUUGCCUCAGGCCGCAAUCCAAUCGUCUUUUUCAGUUUUACGAAUUAUCACCUAUCGGCAACUUGCUCAGCUAUGAAAAUGGUUACCAAGGAAAGCAAGGAUACAUGGUCGUAAGGUCAACGGCCAGCUCGCAAGGAUGGAGAGUGUCUCAUUUCAAAUUUCAGGACUUUAGAGCUAUGAUCGAAAGACACACCAACAAGUGGUUUUUGAUUAGACACUCAUACAUCCUUUACGUGUCUGAUCUACAUUCUACUACACCCUUAGAGGUUUUCUUGGUUGAUUCAAGCUUUCAAAUACGAGUUCCCGGAGAGCUUGAGGUUAUGGCGAAUGAUUACAAAAACUUCGAUCCUAUGGGGCAAGAUACCAAAAAGCUAUCAACCAAGCUGAUGAUAACGUUGGAAAACAGCGAGCGUAAAAUUCAAAUGCUUGUUAAAUCCGAAUUUCAAUUGAGGUUGUGGGUAGCGUCCAUCUCAAAGAUGGUCGAGUCUACAAUCUGGACCCAGAAGAAGAGAUUCGAUAGCUUUGCACCAAUUAGACAGAACUGUUUCUGCAAGUAUUUGGUUGACGGAAGAGACUACUUUUGGGCAUUGAGCGAAGCUCUCUCGAUGGCACAGGAUGUCAUUUUCAUUCAUGACUGGUGGCUCUCCCCGGAGCUUUAUAUGCGCAGACCCGUCAAAGGUAACCAACAGUUUCGUAUUGAUAGAAUAUUGAAAGAAAGGGCAGAAAAAGGCGUCAAGGUGUUUAUCGUCGUUUACAGAAACGUUGGCUCAACUGUGGGCACCGAUUCCUCAUGGACGAAACAUUCGAUGCUAAACCUCCACCCCAACAUCCAUUUAAUCAGGUCGCCCAAUCAGUGGCUACAGAACACCUACUUCUGGGCUCACCACGAGAAGAUGACUGUCAUUGACCAUAGUAUAGCUUUUAUGGGAGGCAUAGAUUUGUGCUACGGUAGAUUCGAUACACCGGAGCAUGUUUUGAAGGACGACAAUCCAGAUUUCAAAAAGCAGAAUUUUCCUGGUAAAGAUUAUUCAAAUGCUCGAGUCUGCGAUUUUUACGACCUGGAUAAGCCUUUUGAGUCAAUGUAUGACAGAAAUUACAUUCCGAGAAUGCCUUGGCACGAUGUUCAUAUGAUGACCAUUGGUCCAGCGGCUCGCGAUAUGUCUCGCCAUUUUGUUCAGAGAUGGAAUUAUCUCAUUCGGCAAAAGCGCCCUAGCAGACCUACACCUUUGCUGACUCCACCAAGCGACUUCACUGCAGCUGAGAUGAAAAAUUCCCCACUGUUCCAAAAAAUCAAGGAACGCUCCACUUGCGAGGUACAGGUUCUAAGAAGCGCUGGGAACUGGUCCCUGGGUUUGAAAAAGACAGAACAUUCGAUCCAGAAUGCUUACUUGAAGUUGAUAGAGACAUCGAACCACUACGUUUAUAUGGAAAAUCAAUUUUUUGUCACAAGCUCUAGCUGGGAUGGUGUUGUCGUCGAGAACAAAAUCGGAGAUGCCCUUGUGGAUAGAAUUAUCAAAGCAAACAGCGAAGGAAAAGCGUGGAAAGCUUUCGUCGUUAUUCCGCUAAUGCCUGGUUUUGAUUCUCCUGUUGAUAAGCCCGAAGGCUCGAGUGUUCGGGUGAUCAUGCAAUGCCAGUUUCAAUCGAUAUCUAGAGGAGAGACUUCCAUUUUUGCUAGGCUCAGAAAGCUAGACAUCGAUCCAUUGCAAUACAUUCAGUUUUUCUCAUUGAGAAAAUGGUCCUCUCUGGGAAAGAACGGUCGCCUAGUCACCGAGCAGCUCUACGUGCACGGAAAGGUUUUGAUUGUCGAUGAUAGAGCGUGCAUUAUAGGGAGCGCUAAUGUGAAUGAGAGGUCGAUGCUUGGUAACAGAGACAGCGAAGUCGCUGCUUUGGUGAGAGAUACCGAUUUGGUAGAAACAAAGAUGGGAGAUAAGCCUUAUUUAGCAGGAAGAUUUGCCUGGGAAUUGAGACAAAGGCUGAUGCGCGAGCAUUUAGGCUGCGACGUUGACAUUAUCGAGGUCGUGGAAAGAAAGUUCGGCAGAUUUGAACAGCUUGCAAGAUUGAACUAUAACACUUUGCACUUACUGGACGGCGGUGAGCAUAGCAAGAAAGCCAAAAUCGAAUCUGCUCUCAUUGAACUUGGUUACAGAGAAGUAAUGCUAACAAAUGCGAGCGAAGCAUGGGAGGAAAAGUACGGCUCAUCUACGAGCCACUUUGGGCUCGGUAAUCACGAUUUCGAGGACAUAAACGAUUCUUCAAGCAUGGAGCAGGCCGAGGAGGUCGACAAAAAAUCCAGCUUACCGCGCGUCAAGCACGAGAACGACGAUAAAUUGUCCACUUUGAAUCACUAUCACUCUUUUAAUAACAGAGCUGGUGAAGCUAACCUGGGAAUGAGAGAUAAGAAACCAAUUAGUACAGACUCAAGGCUAGUAAACAAUGAGGUGCAUGCUGCCGACGUUGACGGUCUAGGGCACGAUGAAUGGAAAAAGGCCGGCCACAAGUUGAAGCAAAAGGUGACGGAAAAGCUCCGUUCUUGGGCAGAGAAGGUACUUCCUGUACAAUUUGGCAAAAAUGGACGCGACAAAAGCGCAGAUAUGUUUUUGCCAGAUCGUGAAGACGUGGAAGACUACCUCAAUGAUCCUGCUGUCUCUGCAACGGAGCAAUGGGAUAUGUUGAAGCGAAUUUGUUACCUGCAGUUUUUGUCAUACAACAACGAACAAAAGAACCACUUAAAAAAGGCAAAUGAACCUGCACGCUCUUCUUCCUCCAGUGUAUCUUCCGACUCUUCUCUUCCAUCGCCCGAAAUCAGCAAUGUGGGGUCUCGAUCAAGCCAUGUAAGCGCUGUGGAAGACCAUGAACUAGACGAUGAGAUUAUUAGCGACAUGUUGAUGCAACUGUUACCUCCAAUUGGAAACAAUGGGUCGCAAAAGAGGGAUUUCUUGAAUUUGAGAUUCAUCGAUCCGUAUGCGUUUGAGGAUCCAGUGUGUGACUCCUUUUACGAGGACUUGUGGUUCGCAGUAGCUCUGCGCAACACCAUGUUAUUCCGACUCGUGUUUCACUGUCAGCCGGACAACUCAGUGCAAACUUGGCGUGACUACAAAGAUUUCAAUCGUCUGCACGAGGAGUUUGACCGAGGUCAAGACGCGGUGAUCGACCUUGAGCAACAUCCAGAGCUCGAUCACGAGCGAGGGCAAGGCGAGGACGAAAACCCAUCUUCGCAGGCGCGUCAUACGUCUCACAGGGAAGACGCGUUUUCGUCCUCGAGGACUGCUAACAACAGCAGCGGCAAUGGUCACGCCAACUACAAAGGUCGCUCGCGGGCGUUGAAAAUGAAGCUUUCCAGCAGCGUAUUGUACGGGGCCAACCAGCGUAUUUUUGACAAGUACACGGCACAGAGGAUUUUGGAGCGUAUCCAUGGCCAUCUAGUCGUUUUCCCCACCGAUUGGCUUGCCCGGGAGGUCGAGUCCAAGAACUGGUUCUACAGCGCAGACAGGUUGCCUCCUAUUGAUAUCUACGACUAA